AUGCAAAUGGCAUUAAAUUGUAUAUUCCUAGGAAUGACUACUCUUUCUAGUUCUUUUACGGUUCCUGUUUGUGAUAAAAACGACAUUAAUGGAAAUGAAGUCAACUUUGUUGAUCUUAAAAUUGCACACCUCAAGUAUCUUAUCUGUCGUGAAAAAAAAAUUAUUAUUGAUGAUUAUAAUGACCUGAACCUUUGGAAGAUCGCUCGUGGUGUUAAUCUUAAAGAUAUUAUUACUGAAGAACAAAUUAAAAAUAAAGGCGAAGAGUUGGUUCCUAUCGACCAUUUUUCGAAAUAUUUUUCAAAUAAAGAUGCAGUCAAUGAAAGUCUCAUCAUCGUACAAGUUCCUGCCACUGAUUAUCCAAAUAAAAGACCAAGGCUUAAUUUUAAUAACAUUCCUUUAGAUUUAGGACGGUCUCCUACGCCACUUUUAUAUACUGACGGACUUUCUUGGGAUUAUCAAGAAUCACCUAAGUUGGAAGAAGAAUUAAGAGAGCAUGUUCAGAAUCUAUAUAGCGUGUUCAAAGAAAAUAAACGUGAUAAAUCAAAUACACCAAUAUUUUUUAUGGUGUCUGGUGCUGGAUGUGGGAAAUCUCGAAAUGCAACAGAGAUUCCUAAAAUACUCCGCAGAAUAUUUGUAAAUGAUUUUGAAUUGAGAUCUCGUUUGGAAGAUGCACUUAUCUUUGCCAUUACCUUUGAAAAUGGUACAAAAAUCAACCUAUCCAUUGAAACCAAUGCAAAUGUUGCAAUUGCUAAGCGGAUGUUGUACCAGCUUCAGGAUCAGCUUCUCUGGAGUCAAAUUCGUGAUGAUCCGCAGACCGUUUCAAUCCCCGAUAUUCUUAUGAGAUGCACCGAACAAAAAAACGUGGCAUUAAAGGAACUGACCGUGAUAUUAACUGUUGAUGGAUUGCAAACCGCUUUAAUCAAUGAAAAUGAUGGCACAGACAAACGAUCACUGUUCUAUUCUUUUUUGACGGAGAUAUCUCUUAUUGCCACAAACAAUAAACACCCCUUUGUUAUUGCGUGUUGCACAGCAACUUUAGCACGUCCAUUCCAUCAAAUGGUUGCUGAUUCUCAUCAAAAGCGGGUUUUCCUUCCAAUUCGUUCUUUAAAUCCUCCCCAAAAAAAGGGAAAGCCAAUCUUUAAAGAUACACCUCUCCUUAAUAUGUUAAUAAGCGAUAUGGGCGGAAAUGGCAGAGCAUUAGAAGCACUUCAAUCAGCUUUAAAAGGGGUAGAUUUCGAAAAUGUCGGCUUUGUUUCAAUUGCUGAAAAAGUAUAUCAUAAACUUAGGGAUCUCUAUGGUGAAUGGAUUAGUCAUACUCGUUAUCUAACACCUGUUCUUCGAGCUAUUAUGACGCACACAACUUUGGUGAUAUCAGAUCCUAUUCCUGGCACAAAUAUUUUACCGGAAGAACUCUCAAAACUAGGGCUGGUCAAAUUUGAGAAACAAGAUGAAUUGAGCGAUAAAGGAACUUUAACAUGUCCAUAUAUCUGGUUGUGGUUAAUGGCAAAUACAUCAGAUGAUCGUAUUCUACUUAAUUGGAAUUUUAAGUACUACAGUGAAUUACAGUCUAAUGACGGGGACCCAACCAUUCCUCCUGGUUGUCAAUUUUGGCAACAUUUUGAACAUUUCAUUGCCUCUUUUCGUGUCCUUAAAUCAAAUGUAUUUGGAAUUGAUGAAGAAAUAAAAUUACAAGAUAUUCAUGCUGGCGCGAAAUAUAACUUUGGCACAUCUACCAUUAGAAACAUACCACUAUCAUUGGCGAAAGCUACCCGGCAACAAAGUACCAAAUCAAGCGCUUAUUCUGCAAAUAAAACGGUAACUUGCAAGAGAGGCAAUGAUCAAAUUAAUAUUAAUCUUGAAGAUGCAUCUGCCUGCAUCAUCAAUGGAUCGAGUGCACCUGCUGGCGAUUCAUUUUGCCCAAUUUAUUUUGCAAACUCUUCUCAACUUCAUAUAGAAAGCCAGCAAUGCAAGUGCCUAAAGUCAACAAUGGUGAACCAAGCAAUGUUUAAUGAAGAGCGUAAAAAAGCAUGUGAUAAUAAUGAUAUUUUUAUACUUUACACUUGUGGGCGUUCCAAUGUAGAAAGUUUGUCACCAUUGUCCGCUAUUGUUGAUCGUGAUUGUUGGAAGCCGUAUUUUGGUCCCUUUGUAGGAAGGGCAUUCCUCCUAGUGGAAAACGAUAAAUUCAACGCCAACAAUUGCACAAUAACUCAGUUGACAUCAGUCUUUGGGAUAGGCAUUAAACGUGCCAAACUUUUGGAGUCUAUGAGACCAUAUGACGAUCUAGAAGAUUGCUUUAAUAAAACUGGAAUUUUCCGUAAAUUCUUGAUUAAUUUCCGAUUCGACUGA